UCUUCACCAGGAUCCAAGGAAAAGGAAAAGCCCGUUCAAGAUGCUGUCCAAGGUUGUCUCUCUGCUGGCUGCCGCCGGCCUGGCCUCUGCCGCCGCCGUUGACAAGAGCCACUGCAAGCCUCCCAAGCCUUCCUCCACCAUCACUGUCUGGGAGUCUCAGUACACUGCCACCGGCACUGCUGCUGUUGCUGCUGCUGCUGCCACGGCCAAGACCAGCAGCCCGACCAGCCACGUCAAGGGCAAGGCCUUUGACCGCUUUGUUGUCAUUUACUUUGAGAACCAGGACUACGACAAGGCUGAUGGUGACCCCAACUUCACUUGGUUCGCCAAGAAGGGUGUCAAGUUGACCAACUACUUCGGUGUCACUCACCCUUCUGAGCCCAACUAUAUGGCCGGUAUUAUUGGUGACUACUUUGGCAUGCAGAACGAUGACUUCAACUCUGCCGACUUCAACGUGUCCACCGUCAUCGACCUGCUCGAGGAUCGUGGCAUCUCUUGGGGCCACUACCAGGAGGACCAGCCCUACACCGGCUACGAGGGCUUCAGCUACGUCAACACCAAGACCGGUGCCAACGACUACGUCCGCAAGCACAACCCCGCCAUCUUGGCCAACAGCGUCACCCACUACGAGCAGCGCCUGUCCCAGGUCAAGAACCUGUCCAUGAUCGACACCGGUCGCUCCAUGUUCCACAAGGACCUCAAGGACAACAAGCUGCCUCAGUGGAUGUUCAUCACCCCCAACAUGACCUCUGACGGCCACGACACCAACGUCGGCGUUGCUGGCAAGUGGUGCCGUGCUUUCCUCGAGCCCCUCCUGAACGAUAAGCACUUCAUGGACAACACCCUUGUCCUCCUCACCUGGGAUGAGAACGAGACCUAUGCCCAGCGCAACCAGAUUCUCGCAAUCUUGCUCGGUGACGCCGUCCCCAAGCACCUUGUUGGCACCACCGACAACAACUUCUAUAACCACUACAGCGAGAUCGCCACCGUCGAGGCCAACUGGAACCUCCACACUCUGGGCCGCUGGGAUGUUGGUGCCAACGUCUUCGACCUGGUUGCCAAGGAGACUGGCGACCGCCUCCGCAAGUGGUCUUCCACCAGGGCUGCCAACAGCCACUUCUGGAACGCCUCUUACGCCGGUGUCUUCAACGAGGAGACUGGCAACCCCAACAACCAGUACCCUGCCCCCAACCUGGCUCUCGACCGCAGCUUCUCUGGCCGUACCAUCCUGCCCGCCAUUAAGAAGACCUGGGAGCACAGCAAGUCUGCCACCUACUACGCCGACACCAUUGAGCUCCCCGACGGCCUGAACCCUCCCCAGGGAUACAAGCCCGUCUCCACCAACUAAGUGUUGAUAUUUUUCCCACGUUUGAUAAUAUAUUAUAUUUUAACUACAUGUCUUAUUGGAAUUGGUGAAUUUGGGAGAUGAUGUCUGUCCUGCUUGGAUAGACAGUAAGGUAGCUCUGAACCUCGGCAGAUGACCUAAAUAAAAAGUAAUUGUAUAUACUCGUACAC